AUGCCUGCAGACAUGUUCAGCAUCGACAACAUCCUAGCCGCCCGACCCCGCUGCAAGGAUGCGGUGUUGCCGCUGCCCCGCAACGCCGCGGCUCCCGCCGUCUUCCCGGCGUUGCACGGAGACGCGCUCUACGGAGCCGUUGCCUCCUCCUCCUCUUCCUCCUCCUCCUCCUCCUCCUCCUCCUCCUCGUCCUCCGACUACGGCGGCUUCUACCCUCGAGCCGUGGCCCCCGGAGGCCCCGGACUCCCAGCCGCGGUCGGCGGGCCCCGCCUGGGCUACGGCAAUUACUACUACGGCCAGCUGCACAUGCAAGCGACCCCCGUCGGUCCUGCCUGCUGCGGGGCUGUGCAGCCCCUGGGGACCCAGCAAUGCUCCUGCGUCCAGACCGCGGGCUACGACGGCUCCGGCUCGGUGCUGAUGUCCCCGGUGCCCCACCAGAUGUUGCCCUAUAUGAACGUGGGCACUCUGUCCCGGACCGAACUGCAACUCCUCAACCAGCUCCACUGCCGCAGGAAGCGCCGCCACCGCACCAUCUUCACGGACGAGCAGCUGGAAGCCCUGGAGAACCUUUUCCAGGAAACCAAGUAUCCCGACGUGGGGACGAGGGAACAGCUGGCCCGGAGGGUACAUCUCAGAGAGGAGAAAGUCGAGGUUUGGUUCAAGAACCGUCGAGCGAAAUGGAGGAGGCAAAAGAGAUCGUCUUCGGAGGAGUCAGAAAACGCCCAGAAAUGGAGUAAAGCGUCCAAAGCGUCUCCGGAGAAGAGAGAAGAGGAAGGUAAAAGCGAUUUGGACUCUGACAGCUGA